GGAAUAAAUAAAAAAAAACUAGAGGAAAUCAUAAGCCGUACACGUGACAAUCAUCGACCGAGGAAAUGAUCUCUUCACCUCUUCAUCGAAUCAUUUUCGGAUGAGACUGAAAUCGAAACACUCACUGCUCACAUAGACGAACGAAGAUCAGGAAUGGCUCUCGAGGCAUGGUUAAUGGAUGAUAGCAAUGAAGAUCAGAGACUUCCUCAUCAUCCUAACCCCAAAGAGCUCCUCACUAUCGACUACUUGGCAGAACUGGGGGUAUUGUACUGGAAGUUGAACCCUGAUAACUACGAGCAUGAUUCCGAGCUAGGCAAGAUUAGAGAUGAAAGGGGUUACGAUUACAUGGAUAUGCUGGAUCUGUGUCCCGAGAAAGUCAGCAACUACGAGGAGAAGCUGAAGAACUUUUUCACAGAACACAUUCACAAGGACGAAGAGAUUCGUUACUGCCUAGCGGGAAGUGGUUACUUUGAUGUUAGGGACAAGGAUGACCGUUGGAUCCGAAUCUGGAUGAAACCGGGCGAUCUCAUUGUCCUUCCUGCCGGGAUCUACCACCGGUUCACAGUCGACACCGGCAACUACAUCAAGCUAAUGAGGCUGUUUGUGGGAGAACCGGUUUGGACACCAUAUAACCGGCCGCAGGAAGAACACCCGGUUAGGAAGGAGUAUAUAAAGAGCUUAACCCACAAGUUUGGAGAAAGCAUUCAAGCUCAUUAAGAAGAUAGUAUUGUGGUGCAUUUCUAUGUUUUGUUUACUCAGUUGUGCUUGUAACAUAUUUGUGCUUUUGUUCAGAUAAACAAAAUAUUUGCUUUUGUUCAGAUAAACAAAAUAUUUGCCACCUAAA